UGAAUGACAAUUCACUUUUUCUUAGGAUAACCUUAUCCACAGAAACAACUCAAGUUCAUGCACCCCAAGUGUUUGUAAAAUGUUCCAAGAAUCAACUGAUGAAAAAGUAACAUAUAAUUGCUAUUUCGAAGUUUAUCAUACAUACACAGUUCCAAAUUCCAAUGGCAUCUUCCAUCAUCUCACAGUACCAUAGCCUUAAAGAUAAUCAUAAUCCAUUAUCUUUACAUCAUCUUGAUCCUUAUUAUGUUCAUAACAACACACAAAUCCUUAGAAGCCAUUCAUCAUCCACUUCAAUUUCUGUUGGAGUGUUAGAUAAGAAGCCUCAUUUUUCUGAUACCCUAUUUGCCCCACGAAACCUUUCUCCAUGCUUUCACUUUUUGGAUGAAUUGUGUGAGAUAAGGGAUUUGAAUUCUGUGAGGGAACUACAUGCACAGAUACUGAAAAUGCCAAGAAACAAAGGUGGUAGUAGUAGCUUGGCCACAAUAGAUGAAACCGUUAUGAGAUACUAUUUGGAGUUUGAUGAUUUUGUGUCUGCAAUAAAGGUUUUCUUUGUUGGUUUUACGAGGAAUUAUCUUCUAUGGAACUCUUUCUUGGAGAAAUUUGGAAGUUUUGGAGGUGACCCUUAUGAGAUUCUUGAUGUAUUUGGUGAACUGCAUAAGAAAGGUGUUGAAUUUGAUAGCAUAGCUUUCACUGUUGUUCUGAAAAUUUGCUUGGUUUUGAUGGAUUUGAAGGUUGGAUUAGAGAUUCAUGCUUGUUUGAUAAAGAGAGGAUUCCAUUUUGAUGUGCAUUUGUAUUGUGCAUUGAUCAAUUUGUAUGAGAAGUGCUGGGGUGUAGAUAGAGCAUACCAAGUGUUUGAUGAAGCGCCCCAGAAAGAAGAUUUCUUGUGGAACACGAUAAUUAUGGCGAGCCUGAGGAGUGAGAAGUGGUUUGAUGGCUUAGAAUUGUUUCGCGGCAUGCAGUUAUCUUCGGCUAAAGCCACCGGUGGCACCAUCGUCAAGGUGCUGCAAGCAUGUGGAAAAUUGAGAGCUCUCAACGAAGGGAAACAAAUUCAUGGAUAUGUUUUAAGGCGGGGAUUAGUGUCGAACAUGUCCAUUAGCAAUUCCAUAAUUAGCAUGUACUCUAAGAACCAUAGUCUUAAAAUGGCUAGAACAUUUUUUGAUUCAAUGGAGGAUUAUAACUUGUCAUCUUGGAACUCAAUUAUUUCAUGUUAUGCUGGUUAUGGCAACUUGGAAGAUGCCCUGGAUAUCUUCCAAGAAAUGGAAGCUUCCGGCAUUAAACCAGACAUUAUAACUUGGAAUUCUCUUAUGUCGGGUCUUCUUCUUCAGGGUUCAUACAAAGCUGUUCUGGCCAAUUUCCAGAGCCUGCAAGUCGAAGGCUUGAAGCCGGAUUCGGGCUCGGUAACUAGUGCACUACAAGCAAUUAUUGAAUUGGGUAUCUUCAACUUAGGGAAAGAAAUUCAUGGUUAUCUAUUGAGAAACAAGCUUGAUCAUGAUGUUUAUGUUUGCACUUCAUUGAUGGAUAUGUAUAUCAAGAAUGAUGAGUUACAUAAAGCUCAAAAAGUGUUCCAUCGCACAAAGAACAAAAACAUUUGUGCUUGGAAUUCAUUGAUAUCAGGGUACUCCUUCAAGGGCCAGUUUAGUGAUGCUGAAGAACUAUUGAACCAGAUGGAGAAAGAAGGUAUAGAACCUGAUAUAGUUACAUGGAACAGUUUGAUUUCUGGUUAUUCAAUGCAUGGCCGAAGCGAGGAAGCUAUGGAUGUGAUUAAUAGGAUGAAGAGUUCAGGAUUUUCACCUAAUGUGGUUUCAUGGACUGCAAUGGUAUCCGGCAGUUCUCGGAACAAAAAUCAUAUGGAUUCCAUCCGGUUUUUCGGCCAAAUGCAAGCACAAAAUGUAAGGCCUAAUUCUACUACUAUUUGCAGCUUACUUCGAGCUUGCUCCGGCCAGUCGCUUCUAAAGAAAGGCGAAGAGAUACACUGCCUCUGCAUAAGACAUGGAUUUAUAGAGGAUAUGUACAUAGCCACAGCACUCAUUGACAUGUAUAGCAAGGCAGGGAAGUUGAAAGUAGCAUGCGAAAUUUUCGGAAGAAUAGAGGGGAAAACACUUCCUUGUUGGAACUGUAUGAUGAUGGGAUAUGCUAUUCACGGCCACGGUGAAGAAGUAAUUUCUCUUUUUAACAAAAUGCUCAAAACUGGUAUCAUUCCUGAUUCUAUUACCUUCACAGCUCUUCUAUCCGGCUGCAAGAAUUCAGGUCGAAUCAAUGAUGGAUGGAAGUACUUUGACAGUAUGAGUACAGAUUACAACAUUGUUCCAUCAAUUGAGCACUAUUCUUGCAUGGUGGACCUUCUUGGAAAAUCUGGUUUUCUUGAUGAAGCUCUGCAUUUCAUCCAAACUAUGCCAGUAAAGCCGGAUGCUAGUAUCUGGGGAGCUCUUCUUGCUUCCUGCCGAAAUCACAAAAACAUUAUGCUAGCCGAGACUGCGUUGAGGAAUCUGUUCAAGCUAGAGCCUUAUAAUUCUGCCAACUAUGUUAUAAUGAUGAACAUAUAUUCGGCUUUAGGCAAAUGGGACGACGCGCAGCGCCUUAGAGACACAAUGGUUGCUGCAGGGUUGAAAAGCCCUGGUGUUUGGAGCUGGAUACAGGUAAAUCAAACUACUCAUGUGUUCUCUACAGAAGGGAAAUCACAUGGAGAAGAAGGCGAAAUAUAUUUCGAAUUAUAUCAAUUAGUUUCUAAGGUGAAGAAGCUAGGAUAUGUGCCUGAUAUAAGCUGUGUGUAUCAAAAUAUUGACAACAAUGAAAAGGAGAAGGUUCUUCUGAGUCACACUGAGAAGCUAGCUAUCACAUAUGGACUCAUGAAAACAAAAGGUGGAUCACCUAUCAGGGUAGUUAAGAACACAAGAGUUUGUCAGGAUUGUCACACAUUAGCCAAGUACAUUUCUUCGGCCGAAAAUCGCGAGAUUUUGCUCCGAGAUGGCGGCCGUUUUCACCAUUUUGUGAAUGGAAAAUGCUCCUGUAAUGGUUGUUGGUAACAAUAAGCACAAGCAGAUCAUUCUUUUUCUUUGUUCAUAUUCUCAUAGCACACCAUAUUCUUUUGUAUGCUAUGUGUUCAUGAUGGAAAAAAAACCUAAACUAAGGGAUGAGCAUGUUUUUUGGUUUUUCACA